CUUCAGCCACGCGCGGAGGGGGAGCUCGGGUUUUAAACCCGGGCGGAGCGUGAACAUGUGAACACAUGAGAAAACAGUUCAGAGAAUGCACCGAGCACAGCAUCGUCUUCAGUCGGAUGUUGUUUGGAAUAGCAGAGGUCUGGUGAAGAUGAGGAUGAAGCGCCCUCUGCUGCUGCUCAUGCUGCUGCAUCUUGUGCACGCGAGUCAGGCCCUGAGAUACUCCAACAGUUUCUACUAUCAGGACUUGUCACCUGAUGGCAACGCAAAUGGAGAGAUAUACUUCAGUGGUGUGCGUCUUCACGUGGAAUCUCCACAGGCGUUGGUGUCUGCUGUACAAGGAGGCAACGUGACCCUUCCAUGUGUAUACCGCUACGAGCCGGAGGUCAGUGCUCCUCGCAGGACAAGGGUGAAGUGGUUCUGGCAGCCUAGCACAGGUGAAACCAAAGAGCUGCACGUCAUGGCAGCUUUUGGCUCCCGUCACAGGAGUUACGGCGACUUCCGGGGUCGUGUGCGCCUACGCCGGAGCACUCCAGGUGACGCGUCUCUGGUCAUCAACCCACUUCUGAGUGACGACACUGGGCGCUAUCGCUGUGAGAUUAUAGACGGCUUGGAGGAUGAGAGCAUCACAGUGGAGCUUCAGUUUCGGGGUAUAGUGUUCCCAUAUUUCUCUCCUAUGGGUCGCUACCAGUUUAACUUCCAGGAAGCUAAAGAUGCAUGUGAGCAGCAGGGUGCUUGCCUCGCCACCUUCGAACAGCUGCUUGCAGCCUGGGAGGAAGAAAAUCUUGACUGGUGCAACGCUGGUUGGCUGGCUGAUGGGACAGCACAGUACCCUGUAUCAGUGCCUCGAGAUGCCUGUGGUGGUACAGACCUGGCACCGGGUGUCAGAAGCUAUGGUGUACGCCACAAAACUCUCGACCACUUUGAUGCCUUCUGUUUCGCUUCUUUGAUCAAAGGUGAGGUUUACUUCCUGCAUCAACAGCAUAACUUGAACUUCUCUGAGGCAGUGGAGAAGUGUGUGCAGGAUGGUGCUCAGAUUGCUAAAGUGGGUCAGCUGUAUGCAGCUUGGAGGUUUGCAGGGUUGGAUCAGUGUGAUGCUGGGUGGGUGGCUGAUGGAAGUGUGCGUUACCCAAUUACCAACCCCAGAGCGAACUGUGGCCCAUUCGAACCUGGAGUGCGGAGCUUCGGCUUUCCUCCCCAGCAUUUAAAAUAUGGAGUUUACUGUCACAAAGUCAGAUGGUAAUAUACUGAAACAACUUUGGUCAUCUGUUUUUAAUUUCACUGAACACAAAGGCCUGGCAGAUUAUGUAUGCUUUGGUCAGUCACCUUCAAAUUUUUGUAUUUCAAAUAAAGGGUUUUAGAACUGUUCCCGUGCAUCUGCAAAUGGUUUAGCAUGGAUUAAAUGGACUCAAUUGUUUUCCACUAUUACUUUAACUGAUUUUAUACAUAUAUGUAUAAUUAAACAUUAAACCAAGUGUUGCUCAGGGAAUAGGUCUGCAAAAACUGCCCUUGGUAUGCAAUCUUACAUCAGCUAUACCAAUGUACAUUCACUGUGCAAUACAUGCAGUGUGUUCUGCCAUCACAUGUAUUAUAUUCAUUCACACACACAUACACACAUACAGACAUACAAUCUUUACAUUUCACAUACAUAUAGGUGCAACAAUGCAAUCCAUAAUUAAAGGUCAUUUUUUACCCAAAGGUCUGUGAUAUAUUUUUGCUCAUAUGACUAAAAGCUUUUCAUAUGUGUUAUCCUACAUAUAGUCAAUUGUUUAAUUUCAUUAAUUCUGUUUAUCCCAUAGUUCAUGCAUGUGUUUAUUACAGUUUGUUUAGAAAGAAAAACAACAUGCAAAUGUUAACUAUCAUUUCAGAUAAUAAAUUUUUUUUU